CAGUUUUUAAUUUUAGUCCGUUUAGUGGGUGUGUGGGGUUCUAAUUUGUAUUUCCCUGAUGAAUAAUAAUGUUAAGCAUCUUUUCAUGGGCAUAUUGGCUAUUUAUCUUUUCUUGUGAGUUAUCUCUUUAAAUCCUUCGUGCACGUAAAAAAAGCGUUAAUAUCUAUUUUUGCAACCAGUGUUAUCCAGACACUAUGCUCAUUCAUGCUCAUGGCUUUAUGCUUUUUAACUGACGCCCGCCCUGCACAGAGUCAGUAACCGACUGAGACUUCAAGGUACCUAGAAGGUUCAGCACUAACUGGAUCCAAAACGGCUAGGCCGUUUCUGGGCAUGGUCCCUGGUGGCUCUCUAAGGCGUGCUCGGUGAUUGGCUGAAGGGGCACUUCCGCAGGCACUUCCGAAUCCGGACCCGCCCCAAGCAUCGAUGAUUGGCUGGGCUGGCCGAGCGCGAGUCCUGUCGGGAGUUGUAGUUCUUGGGGCCCGGCUGGGGACGCCGGGAAGGAGCAUUGGUCUUACUUGGUCGCAGCCGCUGCCACCAUGUCCCGCGUGUCGGUCCCUUGUCAUGUGAAAGGCACCGUGGCCCUGCAGGUGGGCGACGUGCGGACUUCCCAAGGCCGGCCUGGCGUGCUGGUCAUCGACGUCACCUUCCCCAGCGUCGCGCCCUUCGAGUUGCAGGAGAUCAUGUUUAAGAAUUACUACACAGCCUUUCUGACCAUCCGUGUUCGCCAGCACACCUCAACACACACUCCAGCCAAGUGGGUGACCUGCCUUCGAGACUACUGCCUGAUGCCUGACCCACACAGUGAGGAGGGAGCUCAGGAGUAUGUAUCGCUGUUCAAGCACCAGAUGCUGUGUGACAUGGGCAAAGUAUUGGAACUACGCCUGAUUCUGCGACAGCCAUCACCACUGUGGUUGUCUUUCACGGUGGAGGAGCUGCAGAUCUACCAGCAGGGACCAAAGGACCUUGGCAUCUGGUUGCAGGUCUCUCCUACUCUGCCUGCCUCAGGGCAGUAUGCCUUUGCUUUGCAGAGCCCUUCCAUGACCUUCCCCAAGUGGCUCUCGCACCCAGUGCCUUGUGAGCAGCCUGCUCCCCUUCUUGAGGUAAGCCCUCACCCUGGCUAAGAACCAUGUGCGAACAGCUCUGGUGUCCAGCACAGGCCCA